CACUGUAUAAUCCGGUUCGUUCCGACACUGAGCUGCUCAUUUGAUUUAUUCUUGUUACAGUUACUUUCGAUUGAGUCCGAGCCCUGUUGGAGACGACUGACACCAUGUCUGAAACACGGUGGUAAUGACAUGGUGAUCUGCGGAAUGCUAACCCUGAGAGAGAUUCUAUUUCAGGCGGCAUGAUGGCUAUGCUAGACUAGGAUCGAAAAAGAAAACGAAGACCCUGCCAAUGAAUGUAACAUAGGGCUAUUGUUAGGGUUUUGGGGGGACUCAUUGGCGCGGUCUAGCGGUUAGUCUCCGCGACUAGAGGCCGCCGGCUGUCGGUUGGGGCCUCACAAGCAUCUCAAUACGCUGGGUUUCUCAUUAAAUUUUGGAGCCCUUUUAGCGAUGGUAGCAGGUUUGGGGGCCGUCUCCACUAUGUUCGGCCUUCUUUCGAUUGAUUACUACUUAAUAUCUCGCCUGCCUUCCUCGCCUCUCCAUACGACAUCGUCAUUCAAUAUCAGUACUGACUUGAUAUCAUAUAUCACCAAAAGAUGAAGCUUUUCUCAAUCUCGGCCGCCUACCUGGCCGUCCCCAUGGCCCUGCUUGUCUCCGCCCAGACGCAGCAAAUGAACAAGCUCGGCUGCUACACCGAUGGCACUGGUUUCGAAAACAAGGGCUCAUACACGUACCAAAGUCUGGGAUAUUGCGCCAAGGUAUGCAGCCAGGCGAAGGCACCGUAUAUGGGCCUGCAUGAUGGUGCCGAAUGCUGGUGCGGCACUUCCCUGCCGGACAAGAAGUCUCUCCAGCCAGACGACAAAUGCAACAAAUCCUGUACCGGAUGGCCCGAGGAUCAUUGUGGCUCUGAUACGGCGUGGUCUGUUUAUCAACUUCCUGCCGUCCUGAAGGACGCGACCGAGUCUGUGUCGGCUUCGACCAGCCUUGCCAGUGCUACCCCCGGAUCGAACAGUACUGCGUCUGCCACUACUGCGUCUGCCACUAAGUCGGGAAGUGCAUCCCAAAGUGCCUCUUCAACCGGCGCUACUCCCACAACCUCUACCUCGGCUGCGACUCGUCGGUUCAAACUUCCUUUUUUCCUUUGAUAUAAGAGCACUGGGCAUCCUUUAAGAAGCUCUUUGCUUGGUAUUCAUCUGAAUAGUGACUGAUCUGCCUGGAGCCGCUCAGCCUUGAAUCAGCUGUAAAUUAUACCUUCUCUAUUUAGUUUCUCUGUCCAUCAGAUAAAAUCUAUCACCAGCUCUUUUGCGUACAGAGUAUAA